AUGGAUGGAUGUAACUCUGCUCAAGUACCAAUGGACAUGAACCUGAAGCUUUCAAAGGCAAUUGAAGAGAACUCUAUCGACGAGAAGAAGUAUAGAAGGAGUAUUGGUUGUUUGCGCUAUCUGAUACACACACGCCCUGAUCUGUCAUACAGCAUUGGGGUGUUGAGUAGAUACAUGGUCGACCCAAAAAGGUCUCACGAUGCUGCAUUGAAGCAUGUUCUGAGGUAUUUACGUGGGACGCUUUCACAUGGCCUUACCUAUAAGCGAGCAAGCAAGACAAAGCUACUAGGAUACAGCGACAGUUCAUUGGACGUAGAUGUUGAUGACGGUAGAAGCAUAACAGGUCACAUGUUCUAUCUUGAGGAAAGUCAUAUUACUUGGUGUUCACAAAAGCAAGAGAUAGUGGCAUUUUCAUCUUGUGAAGCUGAGUUCAUGGCAGCCACUGAAACAGCAAAGCAGGCAAUAUGGCUCCAAGAACUUCUAAGUGAGAUCACCGGCGACGAGUGUGAGAAAGUGAUCAUACGGGUAGAUAACAAGUCUGCGAUAUCACUCACCAAGAAUCCUGUUUUUCAUGGACGCUCCUAG